AUGUUGGUGUACGACAACUACGGGAAAUUCAUUCAGGCGGCGAGCGCGGCGAGCGCGUUGCGAGAGGCGAGCGCGGCGAUGCGGACGCGAUGCGACGCGCUGCGGGAGAGCGCGCUGCGGGCGAAAGCGCUGAGCGAACGCACGCAGGAGCGAUUGUCGGCGAGGAGGGAGGUGGUUGAACAGUUGCGAGGCGUGCGAGGGUUGAUCGGGAAGCUGAGCGCGAGUUUGCGUUCGGCGCCGGCGUUGGAGGCGCUCGCGAACGCGUCGGCGGCGACGGCGACGGAGGGCGAGGACGCGAGGACGACGAUCGCCGAGUACGUCGAGGCGAAGGAGGUGCUAGAUGCGCUCGGGGCGGAAGGUUCAGACGCGAUAGCGUUCGUGCGCGCGAAAAAGCGGUGCGAUGCGGCGAUGGAAAAGAUUGUGGCGGUGUUGAAGGCGCGCGCGAGAGCGAGCGCGAUCGGGGGCGACGAAGAUGACGGUGCGUCGAAGUCAGCGUUCGGGAUGUCGGACGAAGUUUGUUUGGAACUGUUAUCGGCGUUGAAGGUGUCACAGGACGAGCUCGUGGACGACUUCUUGAUGUCAAGGAAAAAGAAACUCGACGACGCGAUCGAGGCGUCGAGAAAAUCGUUCGCCGAGCUCGCGUCGACGCCGGUGAGCGAACGGAAUUUGAAGGAUUUCAUGAGCGCGUUGAAUCAAUCUUUCUUGGGCGAGUUUUCAAACGCGUCAGAGGCGUUCAAGAAACUGUUUUCGAACGUCAACAGCGCGCGAAACGCCCUGGUAAAGUUUACCAAAGAUGCGUUUGGCGAAUAUUUCGCCUUCAUUCGAGAAAUCUACGCACCGCACGUGGAUAAGACAGACAUGAUCGCCGCCUCAUCGAGCGCAGAUUUGUUGAAUCCCAAGCAGUUGAUGUGUGCCAUGGGUACUAUGGCGGCUGACCUCGCGAGCGUGCACAGAUCCGUUCCCGAGGCUGCGCUCGGCGACAGAGCCGUGGAGACUAUAGAGCGCGCCGUGCGUAGUCGCGUCGGCGCUGCGUUCAUGUGCCUAGAGCGUGACUUGGUGCGCGAGCUUGACGCCACGUAUGUCGCGGCCAAGGCAGUCUCAGCGGCGGCGGCGAAUCGCGCGUCGGGCGCAGACGCUGCCACGAGCAAGUCGCUGCUGCAUCGUUUCAUAGCGCUCUCAGACACCUUGCUCACGAGCGUGCAAACGCUGUUGAGUGACGUGGAAUCUUUGAUGGACGAACGUCCAAUCUUGAUUUCGAGUUGGCGCGAAGAAUUCGCGUACGCCGUUCGCGGGCAUUUUGCGAGCCUGAUUCACGCGCUUGUCUCUCGACUCAUCGUCGGAUCGCCCAUCGCGCCGAAUCCCGCGCCGAAUCCCACGCCAUUACGGACGCCUCUCGCGGUGGCGGUCGAUGAAGCGCGGGAAUCGAGUUCGAAAACUCCACCGCCGCCGAGCUUCCUACUCGUAUGCGCUCGAAUGUGCGCGUUUUUGCACACUUCGGCGACGAAGCACAUCGCGGAUGCGUUGACGAAGAUGUUCCCGGCGUCGUCGGCGAUGGGUGGAAGUUUCAGCUUGGAUGAGACGCGUGCGAUGUGCGAGUCGGCGUCGCACGUAUUAUUGAUGUGGUACGUCGAACAAAGCGCGCAGCGCAUUAGCUUUAUGAUUCGAAAAUCGCUCACUGCGGUGGAUUGGAGCAAGGCGCGCGAACCUCGCGAGGUUCGCCCGCUCGCGGAUUACAUCGCGGACGAUUUGGCGACGAUUGAGAACGAGUGCGCGCAAGUUUUGGAUGUUGGAGAAAUCGACAGCGGUGAUGGCAGCACUUCGUUCGUCGCGGACGGCGCGUUCACGCCCGUGAGGUCGACGCAGUCUUCGGUGAUGUGCGCCGUGAUCAAGCGCGCCGUCAAAUCGUACGUCGAGUGCGUUCGUUGUCAAACCUUCCACACGAAAUUUGCGUUCCAGCAAGUCUCGCUGGACGUGCGCUAUCUCGCCGAGCGCGUGCUGUUUCGCUUCAUGCCAAGCGGACAGUUCGAGUCGGAUGUGUACGAGCGACGGGCGAUCGAGAUUUUACUCAAGGAGUUGCGCUCGGCGUGCGAGCUUCGAGCGUGCGACCCGACGCCCAUGGACAAAGCCGUCGGCGAUCGCAUUUUAGAAAAAAUCUGAGCACAUUACGAUAGAAAAAUAGAGUGUGAAAAGUACGUUUCGUAAGCGCGAGCGCGCGCGUCGACGUGAAUCGUAUCGGUCCGUCAUUCACGUUCUCUCGCGGCGCGUUUCGACUCGACGCGACGACGCACGUACGCCGUGCGCGUUCUUCGCCGUUCAUUCAACUUGACUUCGCUCGGACGUUUCUUUUCAGGCGCCCGAGCUCGCGAGACGAGCGACGAGACCCACGCCCCGUCCUCGCGUUCGAAACCGCGCGUUUCAUUUUCAUCGACGAAGGCGCGCCGACCGUCGUCGUCGACCAAUCUAAAGUGCAAGCACUCGCCCGGCUCAAACGGAAACACGAGAUAAUCCUUCCCGCACCCCCCCGGCGCGCGAUCAUCGCACCAGGACCACCCAUCGCACCG